GUCAUCGCUGGCUUCAAUGGUUUCGCCUGUUUUGACACAUGGCGGCAUUUGUGGAUAAUAUGUUGCGUUUUUGAAAGAGGAUAUUACAGAGUGAAAGGUGUCAGUGUCAAUAGUUGUUUUUAUGACCGUUUUCUUUGAUCAUGGAGGCAUCGUGGACAGCGCCGCAGGGGCAAGUGGGUAAUUUGGGCAGCAAGAGUAAAGAUGAGCUCCUUGAGAUACUGUCACGACAACAAAAGUUGCUUUCUAAUAAGAGAUUCAUUCGGAGCCUCCCAGAUAAAGGAAAGAAGAUUGCUGACUUUGUGGAGAAAGUAAACCUUGCUCUUGAACAUCUGUAUGAACAGGAGAGAAAACAAGCAAGUUUAAUCUCCGCCCGGGCAGAGUUUCAGGCUAAAUAUCAACAAGCCUUUUCUAAGCGAACUACAGAUAAGAAUUUAGACUCUGAUUUGCACACCCCAUCCCAUGAUGAAAAUAAAGCUCAUGAUGCACAUAACAUACAGGAAAAUGGUUUGUUUGACCAUAAUGAGUUUUCGACAUCCCAGCCACAGGCUGCUGCUGAAACACUAACAGCCGGCGGAAAUGACACACUGCAGAUGAAGGACACAGAGCUUGUGGAGGCAUUUGGAAAAUGUACACUAUCGCAAAGUAAAAAUGACCCAAAUGAAGACAUUGUUAAAAACUCCAGUCUGGGUUCUCGACAAAUGAAAAAGUCACAUUAUAUAGAAGUCCUAGAGAAAAGUGGAAAUUUAAGGAAGGCCAGAUUCAAACCAAAUCAAUUAGCAGUUAAAUCUGAGUCCUCAUCACCUAGUCACAGCUCUGGUAGCACCACACCACUUACUGCAGAGGCCAGAAGACUGCAAGACAGAAAGCACCUGGAUGACAUCACUGCAGCUAAACUUCCACCCCUGCACCACAGUCCCGCCCAGCUACUGUCUUUAGAGGAGUCGGCUGCCCUUCAGCAAGACCAGACCAGAAAAUAUCAGGAGUUGCAUGCCAAGCAAGCUGCCCAGAAGCUGGCAGAUGGUCUUAGUAUCAGGAUGGAGAGUUACAACCCAGAAAGAGACCCACUGGCAGCCUACAGAGAGGUGCAUGAUGAUGGGGCCUCUGAGGAGGACUAAAUGGUGGGGCCCUACAGGGAGGGCACUGGCUUAGUGAUAUGUUUGGCCCCUUGCCCUGGACCAGCUCUAGGCCCAGAGCCCAUGCUUCAGGACCCUGGAGAGAGGCUUUCAGUAUACAGACAAGAGAAGGGCUCUUCAUGAACUGCACUGACAAUGUCUUCAAAUAGAGAGCAGCUUUUGCCAAUGAAGUUAAAAAAAACAUCAGGUUGAAUCAAGUGUUGGGUGAUUGUGUCCAUGGAAAAUCGCUCUGCUGUUUUUUGUAAUAGACUGUCUUGGCAAACUGAUGGGAAAAAUCUCUGUUUAGACUAAGGAAAUACCUUGAUUAUCUAGAGUAAUUUAAUUGUGAGCUUUUAUGAGCCAUGCCUUCUAGGGUGUGGUUUAUUGAUAAUAUUAUAAUAUUUUUGUAUGACCUUUCUAAUGUUUAUUUAAACAGAGGCCUUUGAUAUAACCUAAAAUUCUUGACUGACUUUCUCAAUCGAAUAACGGAAACUGCGGUUUCAUAAACUAAAGGUGGAAGCACUUAAUGCUCUUGUCACAUGAGAGUAACAGAAUGAGAAACGUUUUUCACCCCCUCUUUUUUUUUUGCAGCAUUGUUUUGUUAACCGCUUCACUAGUUUGAUUGGAACGACGAGUAAGUCGUCGUUUGAAGGCAGGGAUGUUAUCAGUGUUGAAAUCUUUGACAUGCCUCGGGUGAUUAAUAUAUGUAAUGUAAAAUAUUGAGGCUUGAAGGAAUUAGACCAAUUGGUGGAGUACAUCUGGACUGCAUUUAGAUCGUGUUACUGCUUUAUGUGGCAGUGCAUACUGGGAUGACAGAGAGAUAGAUAGAUGAGAUGUAUGGUAAAUAAGAUUUCAAAAACAUUGAUAUGGAUAAGAGGUGAAACCGUUCAUAGCAUUUGCAUUUAUAUUCUUGUGAUAGACUAAAUAUUUUAUUCAGAAAUCUUGAAAAGAAAGAAGUUUGAUGAGGUAUGGGUGGAGGGAAACAGAAGAAAUUCAAAUCUGUGCUGUUCUGAGGUUGAUGACCUGUGAUAACCUCUGGUAAUUGCUUCUGCUCGUUGAUGGGAACCGCUGCCUCAAACAGAAAAAAACACAAACCUCACACAUCUGGUAGGUUAGUGUUUAGACACUGCGUGUGACGAACUCCAGAGUGUCUUACCCAGACGUCCAAUGAUAAAUAUGUCAGACAUGUCCAGAAAGAAUCUCCUCUGUACUGGUAUUAAUUAAAUCUACCUUACUUGCAGAAGAAAAGAGACUGUUAUCAAUUACAAAUUGGAUUUUUGUACUGAGCAGUGUCUGGACCUGAACUCGUACGUGUGCGGGGAGACCCUUUACUUACAGCCGCUCUGCUACCUUACCUGUUCGGUUGACAUGGUUUCCAAAUGACUUUCUGCAUUCACCGGUUCUGUCAACAAAUUUGUGUGUUUUACCCUGCCCACUGUGAGGCUAUAAUACAGCAACAGUAUUUACACUGAUAAAAAAAACAAUUGCGCUUUUCGACCACAUGGGGGAGCCGUGAGCCAGUCUUACAUAGUGGCAAUAUAAGUGUGCCAUUUAAUUUAAAGGUGCCAUAAAAUUUAAAACUGUAAUUACUUAGGCAUAGCAGGGCUCCAGACUGCCACUAAAAAGGGGCAUUUUGCCUCCAAAAUUUGAGAGUGUGCCACUGAAUUUUACAUCCAGUCGCACAUGUGCGACCCGUAAAUUUGACCUUUUUUUGUGAUGUGACACUGAAUUUGAAACAGCACAUUGUACUUUCUGCAUCUAUCAAAGUAUUUAUUAGUAAUACAGUGUAAAUAAGUUGAAAUGUGAAUAUUUGGUUAGCAUGUUGAUUCAGGGUGUGUGCCCCUGAAUUUUCUGGUUGCGUCCCUAAAAUUUCCAGUUGGGGGCCACUGUGCUCCUAGUGAAAAAAGUUAGUCUGGAGCCCUGCAUAGAUGAAUAAUACGAUUUCUGUACAUGUUAUUGACAUAUCAUGAGCCGCAAAUGUGAUUGUUUUCCUCCUCCUUAUGUAAACCAUGUGCAUACAUAAGACCACUAAAAAAGACGCCAAUCUCAACAUAACACCAACUGUGACAUUACAGUUGAGAUGUAUGCCCCCAACAUUAAAUUACCCAUUAAAGGGACACUCCAUUUGUUUGAAAAUAUGCUCAUUUUCCAGCUCCCCCAGAGUAAAACAUUAGAUUUUUACCAUUUUGGAGUCAAUGCAGUCGAUCUCCGGGGUCUGGCGCUACCACUUUUAGCAUAGCUUAGCAUAA